AUGGGUAACCUUAUCUCGGUAAGAAAAUUUAAAGAUGGACGUUGGCAACACCAAUACUGGCAAAACAAACAACGGUUCGGGAUAUAUACUCACGAGAUGAUUUUUGAUAAGAAAACUAAAACACUGUCUGGUCGAGGAACAGACAAUGUUGGAGAUUUUACAUUGAGUGGUCACUUUGAUCCAUCACAAGGAUAUAUUCAUAUGGUUCAAAAGUAUAUCAGAAAUUCUGGCGACCCACGAUUAAAUAUGGGCCACAUUUGCAUUUACAAAUUAUACUGGAUGGAUAAAAACAAAAGUUUUGAAGGUGAAGUUUUUGGUAUUGCUAAUGGGCAAAAACAGUCAAGUGGCUAUUUUCAAAUGUGGCAUGAAUAA